UUCACACAACUGCUCAAUAGUCCGGUUUCCUGUGAACGUCUUUCCGUCUCACUGCAGCAAGAAUGGCAGAAGCGAAUAUCCAGAUAGCUGAGAACCAGUUGUGGUGUCUGGAGAUACUGAAGGACCCAGUCGCUAUUCCAUGUGGACACAGUUACAGUAUGGGGUGUAUUAAGAACUGCUGGGAUCAGACUGAUCAUACAGGUGUCUACAGCUGCCCCCAGUGCAGAGAGACCUUUAAUCCAAGGCCUGUUCUGUGCAGAAACACCAUGCUGUCUGAAGUUGUUGGAGAAUUCAAGAAGAGAAGGCUCAAUCCUCCUCUUGCUCAAAGUUAUGCUGGAGAUGUGCCGUGUGAUUUCUGCACUGGGAGAAAGUUCAAAGCUGUGAAAUCCUGUUUGACGUGCCUGGCCUCUUACUGUGAAACACACGUCAAGACACACAGUGAGGGUGCUGCUUUCAAGAGGCACAAGCUGAUCAAUGCAAUUGGAAAUCUGGAGCAGAAGCUUUGUGCUGAACAUCAAAAAAUUGUCGAGGUCUUUUGUAGAACCGACCAGAUGUUUAUUUGCGCGUUGUGUUCACAACAUAAACACAAGAACCACGAUACAGUCUCAGCUGAGACGGAAAGGACUGGG